ACCGAAUUGAAAAUGUGUUGAAAAACACCAAAUAAAAAUGAAAUGAAAUGAAAUAAAAAUGAAUAUAAUAGAGUUUUUAAUGUAAAGUAAAAGUAAUUUAGGCGGUAAUUAGUACUUAUUAGUGUAAACCGAAAAUGUUGACCGUAUUCAUAUUAUUUAAUUUCAUAGUACAAGUUUUAUGUGAUAAUUACUCAAGUAUAAAUUUGCCAGAGGAACACCUGCAAUAUUAUUUUAAAAAUUUUCCACAAAUAGCAAGAGAUUGCGAAAAAGACGAAAAUUGCCCAUACAAAGAGCAUUUAAAUAAGAAUAAAUGCUGGGGUUACGAAUAUGGCUGUCCAUUGGAAAACAAAUAUUCCACCCCAUCAUGUCCAGGUGAUCAUAAAGGAUGGGUUAACUCUAAAUUAGAUCAAGUCAAUACAUUUUACACACAGGCAGAUUUUGGUUACAUCAGACAGCAAUUGCGUGAAUUAAAAAUAAUAUGUGAACCAAUGUUUGUUGACGAUAGUUCAUUGGAAUGUUCAGAUCACUUAAGAUUUUGCAGGGGCAGAAAUUUAAUGUUAAAUUUUACCUUGCUUUUGUACAGAGAAGAACCUAUCAGGUAUAAAAUGGAUGUGUUGAAAGAUGGAGAAAUAGGAGGAUAUUGUGAGUUAAAAAAAGAACGGUUAGAUAAAAAUCUAGAUCAUUUAAGUCCUCUGCAAAGCUGGAGUCCUGAAAUCAGGUAUUUUAGUAGGCUCAAUCGUAGACCCAUUGUUGAAGGAGACUGUGAUGUAGUUAUAGAGAAACCUACAUUUAUUAUGAAAAUUGAUGCUACUGUCAAUAUGUAUCAUCAUUUCUGUGAUUUUUUAAACCUAUACGCUUCAAUGCAUUUAAAUGCAACUCAUAGGGAUGCUUUCAGUACAGAUGUGCAGAUUUUGCUGUGGGAAACUUACACAUACAAGUCUGCAUUUCAAGAUACCUGGCAAGCUUUUACAGAUCACCCUGUAUUGGAUCUAAAAGCUUUCAGGGGGGACUCAGUGUGUUUUAAGAAUGUUGUGUUUCCUUUGCUACCGCGAAUGAUUUUUGGGCUUUAUUAUAAUACUCCCUUGAUUUAUGGAUGUGAAGGAAGUGGUCUUUUUGACGCUUUCUCCAAGCACGUCCUACACAGACUGAAAAUCCCGUUUCACAAAAGAACCGACAGCAAAAUAAAAAUAACUUUUAUAUCUCGCGACACGAGAUACCGAAAAGUUAUAAACGAAGACGAAUUGUUGGAAGAAUUAGAGAAAAACGAAGAAUACGACGUGGAAAAAGUCGUUUACAAUAAAAAUGUGCCAUUUAAAACCCAACUUGAAGUCACUAGGAAUAGUGAUAUUUUAAUUGGGAUUCAUGGAGCCGGACUCACACAUCUGUUGUUCUUACCUGAAUGGGCUUCAAUUUUUGAAAUAUAUAAUUGUGAAGACGCUAGCUGUUAUAUGGACUUGGCAAGAUUAAAAGGAGCAAAAUAUUUUACAUGGGAGGAUAGCGCGAAGUUAAUUUCUGAGCAAGAUGGGUCUCAUAAUGGUGGAGCCCAUGCGAAAUUCGCGAAUUAUCGCUUCGAUAAAAACGAAUUUGUUAGAAUAGUUGAUAAAGCUGUUGGACAUGUAAAAAACCAUACCAAAUUCAAGGAAUUGCUGGAUACUUUAAAUACCAGCACUAAAAAAUUAAAAUUUAUUGAGAACAAUGUUAUUCACGAAAAUAACGUUUUCAAAAGUGAGGAAAACUUUGAAAAAAAGCACAUGGAAGAUGUUUUAUUAAGUACUGGAGAGGGGGAAAUUGUUAAUAUUCCCAAUAUGGAUCAUGAUGAAUUAUAAAAAAAUCGUACAAUUUUUAAGUUCAAAAACUAAAAUACUCAUUUUAUAUAUUGGUUAUUAAAUUUUAUAAGAGACUUUAUAUUGGCAACUAAUGUUAUUUUAAUAGUUAUUGUUGG